CUGGGAAACGCGCCAGGAAGCCCCUCCACCGCCGAAUUGCUACUCUACAAACACGCUCGCUCUACCACGAGCUUGACCACCCGUGCCCGAACAAAUGCACGCAGCAGUCGCGCCUGAUAUACCCCCCGUUUUCCAUGUGCACAUAUCAUAGCCGACCCUUGCCAUCACCCGCCGCCCCUCCACAGCUGCGGGCCCGCCUACUCCACCAUGGAGAGGCAGAGGAAGCGAGAGCUUCGUGAGCUCAAUAUUCGAGCCUGGGAUGGCGAGCAAGAUAUCUUUCCCGUACAGGGCUCCCUCGACUCGUCUAUGAAGAAGAACACCGCAUUCAUCAAGCGCCUGCGAACCGCCAUUAAUGCGUCCGCCCAGUCCCAGUUUCUCCAAGAGAUCCGGACCCUGUCUCUCCACAAAUACCUCUCUGAGAUCAUCUCCGCAUGCUACGAAGGCCUGUGCAAGCUCAAGACCCCUGGCGAGAUCGCCGCCGGUGUCGAAAUCGUCAGCGCCCUCCACCAACGCUUCGGCCCCACCGAGUUCACCGGAUACAUUGGCUGGUACAUUGGUAGAGGAUUGGCGACACCUGACAAGUCUCACCUGAAGAAUUUGGCACAGGAUGUGCGCGAGCGAGAGGAGAAGGAGCGACUGGCUCGCCAGCGUGUCCUAUUGCGCGUGGCCACCGAACUCUGGCUUGUGCAUGUCCUGCGCAGUCUUGAUGACGUCGCUCGACCUGAAGAGGCGAGCAAGUCCAAGGACAAUGGCAAGCUUGUCGAGGGUUUGGCCAAAACUAGGGCUCGAGCAGAGUCUGCCAAUGCUGAGCCCUUCCCGCUCGAGGUGUUGAAGGAUAUGCUUGGGCACGAUCGUGACCAUGUCAACCUGCCUCUGGUGGUUAUCUUCGUAAAGGCUUUUGCUUGGGACAUUCUCGGGGCGACGUCAUCUUCCGCAGAGGGUCGCAAGACCGUGAAUGAAGAUGGAACCACGACAGCAGACAAGAGCGAGGAUACUUCAGCUUCUGAAAACGAGGACCAGGCGAGCAAAGACACACCUAUUAUAUCCCCAGAGCUGCAGCAACGGUUCAAAAAUAUCCUCACGCGCUACUUCGACGACUUGAAAACACACUUACUACGCGACCAGAAACACUUGCUCAACCAAGGCCGCAAGAACGCCGAGGCGUAUGUCAAGUCUGGGGAGGUCUUUGAGGACCGCCAGUCCAACUACGAGAAGCAGCUGAAGGCCCAGGAGCGACUGAUCACGAAUGCACAAGUACUAGCUGAUGCGUUAGGCGUGGACAUGCCAGAUCUCAAAGAGAAGGAUAGUGCUGCCAACGCCGGGGACAGUGCCAUUGGUCUGGUCAAGGCCGGUGAAUACUUGCGUGGCCAGAGUGAUGGUGCCGGAAUAUGGGAAGAUGAAGACGAACGUCGCUUUUACGAAAACCUAAUGGAUUUGAAGGAACGUGUUCCGGGCAUUCUCCUCGAAGAGCCCAAGAAAAAGAGGACCGAUGUCGACGAGCAAGUUGGCAAGAAGAUCGAGGCAAAGGUGGAGACGAGCGAAAAGGAAACAGCAGACGCUUCCGCCGAAGCCAAGGCAACUGACGCAGACGACCAGUCCACGGCCAUCGCAAACAAAUCGGUCGGAGCGCAAGUGGAUGCCGUUUUAGCCCGUCUGCCCGAAAUCAGCACCAAGGAUGCAGUCGACCAGACGGCUAUGGACUUUUGCUUCCUAAACUCCAAAGCGUCGCGCAACCGCCUCAUCAAGGCCGUGCAGGAAAUCCCAAAGGGCCGAUCCGAUUUACUCCCUCUGUACUCCAGGCUCAUCGCGACACUCGGAAAAUACAUGCCUGAUGUUUCGCAGGGACUCGUCUCGUACCUCGACGACGAGUUCAGAAGCUUGCAACGACGAAAGUCAAAGGACUUCCUCGGACAGGUUCGGACACAAAACGUUCGUUAUCUAGCGGAAUUGACCAAGUUUGGUGUGGUUCCAGAGCAUGUCAUUUUCCAUUGCCUCAAGGUCAGCUUGGACGACUUCUCCAGGAUGAACAUCGAGAUCAUCUGCAAUCUGUUGGAAAACUGCGGACGCUAUCUCCUACGCAACCCAGAAACAUGCCCACGCAUGGCCUCCUUCCUCGAGACGCUCCAGCGGAAGAAGGGUGCUCAGGUGAUUGGUCAGCAAGAACGCAUGCUGAUCGAGAAUGCCGUGUACUACGUUAACCCACCCGAGCGAGCAGCUAUUGAGCAAAAGGAGCGGACGCCCAUUGAGCUCUUUCUACGCAAAAUCAUGUACCAGGACCUCACCCGUCGAACACUGGACAAGACCGUCAAGCAGAUCCGGAAGAUGCAUUGGGAGGAAGAUGAGGUCGUUAGACUUCUGCACAAGGUUUUUGCAAAGCCUGGAAAGAUCAAGUACAGUAAUAUUCACUUGCUCGCCGUCAUCCUCGGAACCAUCCAUCGAUAUCAUCAAGACUUUGCCAUUUCAGUCAUCGACGAUCUCCUGGAGUCGAUUACAUUCGGGCUAGAGCUCAAUGACUUCAAAUUCAAUCAGCGACGGAUUUCAGAAGUCAAGUAUCUUGGUGAGUUGUACAUCUAUCGCUUGGUCGACUCACCUCUUAUUUUCGACACCUUGUACAAGCUCUUAAACUACGGCUGGGAGGGUGGAUAUGCGCGUCCAGGCUCCUACAACUCAUUGGACAAUUCAGACGACUACUUCCGGAUUCGUCUUGUCUGCAGUCUUCUGGAGACUUGCGGCAUGUACUACGACAAAGGUGCCGCCAAGAAGAAGCUCGACUUCUUCUUGUCGUACUUCCAGUACUACGUUUGUGUCAAGGAGGGUCUACCGAUGGAUGUCGAGUUCAUCGUUCAAGACGCAUUCAAUCUUACACGCCCACAAUGGAAAGUGAUCACCGAUCUGGAUGAAGCCGCUCGUGUUUUUGCGGAAGCUGUCAAGCAGAAUUAUCAAAAUACGGCAGCCGACAAGCCCGCAGAGCCUGACGAGGAUGACUUGUCUGCAUCAGACGACGAACUCGAGGGUCCUGAAGACGACGAUGUUGUGAUGCCAGAAGGAGAGGGAGACAAGUCAUCUGGCGAAGAGGAUGAGGACUCGGACGAUGACGAGCCUGUGAAACAAGCUCCAUCAGAUGAUGAAGAGGAGCAGAUUGUUGUGACCCGACAGGAAGACGAACGUGAUCCCGAGGCUGAUGCGGAGUUUGACCGCGAACUUGCGAAGCUCAUGUCGGAGAGUGCCGAUUCCCGAAAAUUCGAGCGCAAACCCGUCUUCGACGUCCCGCUUCCCAUGCGUCGCGCUCGCGAAGCAACCGCUAACCCCGAAGACAGUGUCAACGAGGCACCUGCUCCAGUUAUGCCCUCACAUACGAUGAAGUUCUCGCUCCUCAGCAAGCGAGGAAACAGGACGCAGACACGAUCCAUUGACUUGCCCUCAGAUUCCACAUUUGCCGUUGCCAUGCGUAACAAGCAACAAGCCGACAAGGAAGAGCAACAGCGCAUCAAGAGCCUUGUCUUGAACUAUAACGAAGCUCGAGAUGACGGUGACGAUACUGGUCUGGACAAGACUCCGAAUCCCUAUGCGCAGCCGCGCGUCGAUAAGGCAGGCAACAACCGCAGCAACCAGCGUGCCAGGAAGCUACAGCUCAGCGAUGUCAACUGGACUUGAUCCCAUAGUCUACGGUGCUACAGCCAGCAUCCAUAACGAAUACCAUCAAGUGUCAUCUUGUGCUCGCCGCUGUCAUUAGCAGAGCAUGCUACCUCUGACGCGAUAGGUACCCAUCGCGGAUGGGUAUCGACCGUACUUUGCGACAUCGUCUAUGGCGAACAGCGCUUGACAAUACACUGGGAGAUCAGCCGCCAUACUGUUCCUGGGAGGUUGCGAGGUGAGUAUGCCAAACACGUAUCGAGGCUAUCGACCCUGCAUUCGGCAGCGGCCUCAACGCAGACUGAGUGACGGUCCUGCGGCAAUGAAACCCUCCCCUGAGAGAUCUAUCAUCGUCCCUCCUGCGCUUAUGCGGAAAUGGUACGACAGGAGAUGCUGAUUACGGACAAGUCGAACGACGGAUUCUAGAUACGUAGUUUCAGGACGUUCCUUUAUUAUAGUUGCGAAAUUGAAACACCGUCUUUACCACAC